AUGUCGGCGGCGGAAAAUACGUUGCAAUGGCGAGCAUCCCUGCGAGACGUGCCAAUGGUACCGCAAAGCAGCGUCAUGUCACUACACAGAGCCUCGACAACGUCAAGUACCAUCGAGAAGAGUCUGCAGGAGUACAGAGCGAUCCUGCAGAAGCUCUUUCCCAAUGUCCAUCCAGAACAACUGGCAGGCAUGUCUCGGGAGAAACUUAUUGACCUAAUCUCGAAGACUGGGCCAUUUCAAGCACCUUCUCCUGUAACCCCUGGUCAGGAAGAAAAGCAACUUGGCAGUCAUGCCGACGCCGGGACCUUGGAACAGCUUCAACCAUUACCCGAGGAACCUGAGGACACUUUCCAGCCACUAGAUCGUGCAAGAACAUUCAGUUCCGUCUCUGAAGAAGUCAAUAUCCUCUCAUUGACGGGCAAGGAGUCGUCCUCAUACCUUGGAAUCUCCUCGGUUAUGGCAGUACUGCGCGUGAUCUUAUGGCUAGAUCCAGAAUGUCAGACAUUCGUGACGCCAGACCAGAACACUGCUGUUAAUCUUGCGCGAGAAUGGUCUCGGACACCUUCGAUACUUGAGCUUGGAUCCUCAACCACACCUGUCGAUGAGCCGAAGCCAUCCACGUGGAGCGAGCCAGCGAUCAUUGAUGCUUACUUCCAAUACGCACAUCCAGCAACGCCAAUAGUAGAUGAGCAGACGUUCCGCGACACGUACCUGGCGGCGAAUCGGACCGACUCUCGAUGGCUAUUGCUAGUCAACUCCGUCCUGACAAUUGGGUCGAUUGCAGCUUCGACAUCUGCAGCCUCAACAACCCACGAGUACUACUUCAUACUAGCGCGAGAACACUUGACAGUUGACACCCUCGGGACCGCGCACAUUGAGACAGUACAGGCUCUGGCACUGCUAUCUGGUUACUACCUACACUACGUCCAAGAGGCAGGCCUUGCGAAUGCAAUCAUGGGCGCCACGCUCCGCAUGUCAACCAUGUUGGGCUUGCACAGGGACUUCUCUGAGGGUCUAGGCCCUAGCAGAGAAGCAUCCAACCUCUCGAAAGCGUCCUUCAGCAUUGAGAUGCGCCGCAGAAUAUGGUGGUCGCUAUUCAUGCUCGAUACUUGGGCGGGGAGCACGCUUGGCAGACCGUCCAUGGGCCGAAUGAGCCCAGCCGUAACGUCAAAAGUGCCGCGUGAGCCAAUAGGCGGUUCCGAGACUUGCCUGCAGUUGAUGCACGACAGUAUCCGUUUCUGCCAGAUCUCGACUCGUCUCGAGGACAGCCUUGCCGUUUCUCCCAACAUGGAUGACUUGGAACGCCAGUCUUUGGACACCUCACUAUCAGAGUGGUACCAGCAGUCGUCAGUUGUUUCAGACCAGACAUCGAUCUCGAAUGCUUCCCAGUACCAUUCACCUCACAGCACAUUGUCCUCUGCACACGACCAGUCAGAUCCUCCUGGCAUACUGCUCACAAAGAACCUGAUGCGAUGGCGGUACCACCUCAGCCGCGUCAUCUUGCAUCGUCCGGCUCUUUUAUGGUGGGCAAUGAGGUCGCAUCGACAGACAACAUCGACAAAGACUAGCAAGCCCGCUGUGCUAGACGCCUCUCGUCGUGCAGCGAUCGAGACUUGCCGCACCGUGACCUCGGAGCUUAUCACAGACAUUUGUGCCAACUGGACUACCUCAUCGUUACCGCCUUCUACAAUGUCAGCUUGGCACGCUACCUCGCUCCUGUAUCAAGCAGUCAUGGUGCCGCUACUAUCACUCUUCUCAGAAGCACAUGACCAAGCAGUGACAAACCAGUCCCGGCAGCUCAUAGACGUCAGCAUCGAUGCCUUCGAGGAGAUGCAGCGGUGGUGCAAAGGCGCCAAACGUAGUCUCGAGGUCGUUACACAAAUCAUGCUCCAAAUGCCUACAGAUGAGAUGCUCCUGGGCGACCAUACAGACGGCAUGAAUGAUCCCAUGGGUAUGAACGCCUUCGGCGGCUCCAGCGCGAGUGCCAGUAUUAGCGGCGGCAUUGACUCUGGUGGCCUGGGCACACCAGCCACUCUACCUCCAGCGUCUCAGAUCACGCACACCAUCGUCUGCAGCAACAAGUACACUCGCACUACCAACCACCAUCUUCCUUCCCACAACCAACCCACCCCCAACGACCUACCUUUAUCGAUCUUCCGCCGGUCUCUGUGGUCUCCGCCUUCCCACAACCCCACGCCCAGCAAUAACCCAUUUAUCCACCCUGGAGCCGGCACCACUCCUUCCGCAUCCUCCACCAGCGCCCACUCCAAUUCUGCAUAUCUCGAGUCAAGCACGAAUAAUCUGCUCGAUAGCCUGACGUGGUCGCAAGGCUGGACGGACACGAACUACCCAUUUGAGACGCCGAGGUUAGGGUGGGAUCCGAUGGCUAUGCAUGGCUGGGUUGGGGGGAUUGAUCCGGCCGUAAAUGGUGGUGGGAGCAAUGGAUAUGAGUAUUUUGCUGCGGCGGGUGGUGGUCAACAUCAGGGCGAGGCUGGUGGCCAGCGGUGA